CUCUGCGGCCCAAAGGUAAAAACUCUUGUUCUUUUGAGGCCCUCAAGGUGGCGCUCACGGCCCAUAGGUUAAGAAUUUCUGUCCUAUAGUCAGCCACACGACUGGGCAGUUUUUAUAACUGGUACUGAAGAUUUUUCUGAGRGAAAAUGGCCCAUCUUGUAAAAUCCACUGGUUGAAACCAGCACGUGAUAGAUCGCACCAUAGCAAUAUUAAAUAAUUUGCACUUCUUUCUGGUUCUUGUAACAAAUAUCUCCUACAGCAUCAAACUGGCACAAAUGAAAACCAUUUGAGCCAAUUAAAUACAAGACAAACGGCUUUCAGAAUAUGUUUGCAAACAAUGAGUUCAGGGUCAGACGCUGAAGCCCGCACAUUUCAUCCUUCGCAACCCAUCUACCGGGAACAUGGAUGUAAAUACAAGCCAAACUAUCUGACACCAAUCAUCCUUGAUUUGAAGCAAAUGGAAAAUGUGAAGGUCAGCACUCCUCAUGCUAACAUCAGCUAACGCUAGUCCCUUGCCAAGACACAGCCCAGAAUGCUACAAGUUCUCAGACUUCAAGUUGACCUCUGGCAGACCCUGGUUGUUUCUCCUCACCCCUGUCAGUUCCCAGUGUGUUGAACAGCUAACAGGCAGAAAUCUGAAAUGUUUGYGCUUCUCMAGAAUGUAUGAGUCUGCUAAUAUUGGCAGUGGCAACCAUAUAUAUAUCAUUUUAGUUGCUAAAGUUGUUAGACGUCUUUCCCAGCUGUGAUUUGAUGGUUUUAAUGUAUGAUUUUGAUGAGAACUGGCUCUUUAAAAGUAACCAGAAUUACUGACAUAAGUUAUGCAUCACUUUGUAUUUUGUCGUCUAAAACAUUUGCUAACAACAAGAGGCCUGUUUAUGGUACAAUCUGCAUAUUUUAGUUGAAUUCUUCCCUCUAUUGAAAGAUUUCUGUUCAUUUUGGUCUUGCUGAAAGUUUAACCACUAGUUUCAUGGUUUACAUGGGAGAAUGGUCAUGAUAUCCUGCCAGUGUUUCUGACUUCCUGUUGCCUCGCUCAGCCUCUGUCGAAAUCUAUUUGCCGUUUCCUCUUUUUAUUUCACACAAGGCUGUGGCCCUACGUUGCAUACGUUUCCACAAAAGCCUUUCGUUUCGUGGGUUCAAUCCAUCGUACAUUUCUCGCAAAGAAAAACAGCCCUUCCCGUUGAAUUUACAUCUUUUCGGUCCCRGUUUACAGACUUGUCUAUACCUCUCACAUCAGAAGGUGGUGAUUUGCCUAUCACGGUCGCUUGUCAUUUGCAUCUGCUCUGUUCGACUAAAAAUAACAUCCACACUGUACGCUUUCAGUCUGAGAGGGUGCUGUUUGUUUGGCCAGUUCAGUAAGGAGGCGAGCAUAAAAAAAGMAAAAGCACCAGCGGAGGGGAAUGAACAGCAAAAAAGAAAAGCAAGACAUAACAGGGAGUUCGGCAUCAAGAGGAGGGAGGCAAAACGUCAACGUGAGUGUGUGUUGUUUCUAACUGUGAAGUAGGAGGAGAAGAGCAACCGGAGGAGGAGGAAGGGGUGCUUCCUCUUUAGUCUGGGCUGAGCUGCUGAGGUAUCCCAGCAGCCUCAGCCCGCAGCAAAACCCAGAUAUAAAAAGGCUACGUCGCAGAGGGAACCCUCUUAAGUGCCUCUCAGCCACAGCAUGACCAGGACCGAGAGCCUGAGCCGGUGGUCCUAACAAAACCAUGACCAGCUUAAUUGCCAGACUACCCAACGCACAUCACAUCAUCAUGGAGAGAGAGGACAGUGGGAGAAACAAGACGAUCGGAAAGAACUUCAUGUGUCGACUGCAGUGCAUGUUCACACAGCCAUCCUGCCCUGACAGCAGGCUAAGUUUAGAAGAUACCCAACAAUGGUCACAGUCACUGGAAAGACUUCUUGAGUCUAAAUACGGACUGGCAACUUUUCGCAACUUCCUCAAAUCAGAAUACAGCGACGAGAAUAUCGAGUUCUGGCUGACCUGUGAGGACUACAAGAAGAUCAAGUCUUCAUUUCGAAUGUCCUCAAGAGCUAAAAAAAUCUACGAACAGUUCAUCAAAGCUGAAUCACCUAAAGAAAUCAACAUCGACUAUCACACUCGAGAGCAGAUCAAAAGGAACGUCAAAACUCCCACCAUGCACUGCUUUGACGAAGCUCAGAAGAUAGUUUACGGGCUGAUGGAAAGAGAUUCCUACCCGCGGUUCCUGCGCUCGGACGUUUAUAGAGCACUCCUGGAAAGCCUCGCCGCUGACGYCACGAACGGAUGAAAGCGCGAUCGGGAGGGGGGCGGAGGGACACGGGAACCUGUAACUGGAAAAGCUUGAGCUCCUUAGAGCGACGAAGGACGGAGGGUCAACUUGUACAGCACAYGAACACAUUCUUCACCCCCUGAGCGCACAUCAGCCACCUGAUUCCCACACAAAGGUGAAGAGGAUCCCCCACACCGAGCGUCGCACUCCUGCAAGACUGAGCAGGAACCGGAGAUCUGCACGGCCGUGAUCUUAUAGAGUCGACACUGGAUGACAGGACACACGAACAUGCUUGAAUGACUCAGCAGGGCGACGGAUCCCUGCUCCGAACAGGCAAACCGUUCUACAGUCACCCUCAUGGUCGAGGCAGAGGUGUUUUAUACACAAAGGGUGAACGACGCGACGGUCACGCUCGAUCAGCUCUGAGAACGAAAGUGUGUGAGAGGAUUUUAUUACGGCCUUUAAACGCUACUCACUGAGAAUAAGCUGUCGCAGAAGCCCAAUUAUCAACUGACAGCACCGAGAAAAACAGGAAACCCUCUGGGUAGAGUAGUGAUAAGUCAUUCUUAGCUGAAAAUGAUAGAAAGCCACUUUUUUGGAUGAGGCAUGGGACUCUUCACAAGCAUAUUUCUUUCUUUGUAAGCUAGAUCAGAUUUAAAAAAAACUAAUGCAUGUAUCUUUUUUUCUAGAUUUAGGCUGCCUGCAUAAAAAUUAAGUKCCGAUAUUUAUUUUCUUUGAGGUUGAUUAUUUUUAAACUGGUAAAACUAGUAUAUUUGAACAGAAAUCCAGGGUAAACGUCAAUUUGUACUAAAAGAAAAAAAGGAAGAAUUGUGCAAAUUUUUUUAAUGAAGAGUCUUAAACYGUUGCACUAUUGAAACCAAGAACUUCCCAUUUUUGUUACUACUGACGUCAAACUUAAUUCCUCACCAGUCGACGGCUGGCCAAAUUCACUUCCUUACAGCACUGAAAUGUGAUAAACUCGGUGCAAUAAACAUUUGAUUUUGAUGAUAAUAGAAAUAGGAGCGGUCACGUUGCACGAUAGAAUGUUAAAAUAAGUUCUAUAUCAAGCCCUCGUCCUGCUUUACAGAGCACCUGGUGUGAAUGUAGUCUUAGUGGGAAUUUAUUAGACAAAUUAAUUUAAACUUUGUUUUAUUUAUUAUUCAUUGUCACCUUCCGAGUACAAAGUGUGCUGCAGUGUUGAAGUGCUUGUUGAAAUGUUAGUGGUUUUAAUAACAUUAAAUUAUUUGAAUUGA